AUGUCUGAACUACGAGAUAACGACUACGACGUCGAAGAUGGUUUUGUGGGCAGCAAUUCAACCACUAACACGAGUGAAUAUGAAUACCUAGACAUGGAAUUGCCGUUGCAGUAUCAGAUUAUACUUAGUUUAACGUUUACUUGUAACAUGGUGUUGUCAAUACUAGGUAACGUCAUAGUGUUAUGUGUACUUAUCUUAGGGAAAUCGUCUAGAACGGGACUCAGCGCUUUCCUCGUCAACCUAGCAGUGGCAGAUCUAUUCAUGGCUAUAUUCUGUAUGCCGUUCACCUUUCCAACUAUUAUGUUAGGCCGUUGGAUUUUCGGAAAGGGUAUGUGUCCAACAGUCAUCUUUUUGCAGCAG